AAGCUUGUCUUCCAGUUCUGUCCCAAAAGUGAUUCUGUACCAGAUAUCGAGAGGACCAAGGGCGCCAAGUUUAUCGCCAUUUGCUCUCAAGUUGGAGACCUUCCUUCGAAUGGCGAAAAUAGAAUAUCAGAAUGAUUUUAGUGUCAAGCGCUCGUCCAAAGGCAAGAUUCCCUGGAUGAAAUACGAAGGAGAGGCCGUGGCUGACUCUCAGUUCUGUGUGGAGUAUCUGAAUCGGAAGUUGAACAUUGAUCUUAACAGUCACCUGACCGAGGAACAACGGGCUGUUGCGCAUGCCUUUCGAAAGAUGGCGGAGGAAAACCUAUUCUGGUGUAUGGGCCUGUCCCGGGCUGAGAACCUGGACUACAUGAAGAAACACAUCAAGUUGAACAAACUGGUAAUCUGGAUCGGAACAAGAAUUUACCUGAGUAAUACGAAAGCUCACGGAAUCGGCCGACACACCCAUUAGGAAGUGUUGCACAUUAUGGAGGAAGAUUUGAGAUCAUUAUCAGUCUACCUUGGGACAAAGAAAUUCUUUUUCGGCGAUCAACCAUGUGAGACAGAUGCUGCUUUGUUUGGACUGUUGUGUCAGUUUUGCUGGCAGUGUCCAGGAAGCAAAGGGGAACAACUCGUGAACGAAGAGUUCACAAAUCUGGUGGAGUAUUGCGAGCGAAUGAAGGCAACAUAUUGGCCGGACUGGGAGGACUGCAUCACGGCGGACGGAACUAAAACUGCAACAAAAUAAAAUGAGAAGUUUAUAAACGGUGCAUGUCCUUGAUGAAUCCUUAGCUCUGGCUCCAGUAUGUACAGUAUGCUUUUGCACGGAAUUAAAAUGUUCCAGUCCGCGCUGAGAUUCGAACCUUUCCAUCGGAGGCCGAACGCCUGGUCCACAGGGCGUUAGCUACAAGCUGCCAGAGUGGGGAGGCUAUCUGCUGGAUGAAUCCACAGCCUGCUUCAUGCCGUCUUGUGCCUCCUAUCACUAACGCAGAACUCCUCACUAGACUUCAACAGCAUGCGUCUCUUGUCCCAUUCCACUCACUAAGUACUGGCAGCAAUGACUACAUGAAUCGGGGAUCAGCUUCUCUGAAAUAGCUAAAUGCAUGUCAUAGAAUCCCUUGAUUGACGGACAUGUCAGUCAGUGGGUUGUGUAGUAUGAACAGGUUAUUUCUAUGUCCACACGUCUUCUCGUGGGGAGAUGUUGUACUUAAUACAACACAGAUUGCCUUAGUUACAGUUAGAAACAUAACAGAGCGGCAGACAUGUUCAGCAAAUAGCAUUACAAAGUUACAAUCGUGGAGACAGGGUGCGUCUACUCAUGUACUCAUUGUACUCACGUGGUGCAUCAAACCAGGGUCUUCAGCGUGACGGGCGAACGCUUUAACCACUAGGCUGUCCAGAGAGAUUGUAUCGUGUUAAUCAUGAGUCUUUGGCGAAUGACUUUCAGCAAUCGUUCACCAGGGACAUAUAAUCCGUAUUUUCGAGUUAUGAGAAGUGAGAAGUGUUGUUCGUUGAUAUUAUAAGAUAAAAAUGAAAUAAAACCGUAUGAAAUGUC